GGUGUUUUCGAUGUAGUUUUGGUCUUCUUGCUUUCUUUUUCAAUGGAAACUGAGAGGAUGGAACAGUUAGAGAAUAAAAGUUAUUAGGAAAUGAACACAAAAACUAAAGGUUUUUAAGACACCAAGAAGAAAGAAAUCUGUACUAUUUUCAGAAAUGUUUUGAGUUCAUCAACCAUGAAGAGAUCACUUGGAAGCUCAGAUUCAUUGGGUGCUUUGAUGUCCAUCUGCCCAACCACAGCUGAAUUGAGUCCAACAAACAACCAUGUUUACAGUAUAGAGUUUCAGUCGAUGUUAGAUGGAUUAGACGAAGAAGGCCAUGUUGCCGAGAAGAAGAGGCGAUUAAGCGUCGAUCAAGUCAAGGCCUUGGAGAAGAAUUUCGCGGUCGAAAACAAGCUCGAACCCAACAGGAAAGUGAAACUAGCUCAGGAGCUCGGCUUGGAACCUAGACAAGUCGCUGUCUGGUUCCAAAACCGCCGUGCCAGGUGGAAGACCAAGCAAUUGGAAAGUGAUUAUGGCUUUCUCAAAACCAGCUACGAAACUCUCAAGCUCAGUUUCGAUACCCUCGAACACGACAAUGAAGCUCUUCGCGAAGUGAUAGGUGAGCUGAAAGCCAAUCUUUCAGUGAAAGGGGAGAUGAUUGUGCCCGAAACUGAAGAAAGAGAGCAACUUCCAGUUUCUUCUUCGGCUAAUUCAUCAGAGCCAGUAGAACUGAUUCACAACAGUUUAUCCAUUGAUGCCAUCCUUUUGCCAGAAUUGAAAGAUGGGUCAUCGGAUAGUGACUCGAGCGCUAUCUUGAACGAAAAGGACACCACCGCCAACUACCACCACGCUGUUAUUUCUUCACCAUCCUCGAUGAACUGUUUGGAGUUACCGAAAACGACCUAUCUUGUGAAGUUGGAAGAGCACAAUUUCUUUAGUACAGAUGAAGCUUGCAAUUUCUUCUUCGAUGAGCAAGGUCCGAGUCUUGAGUGGUGUUACCCGGAACAAUGGAACUAGUAGGAGAAGCCAAAAAUGCGACAUGUAUGUAACAUAAUGCAAGUUGAAAUAAUGCAAAAGACAAAGUUGGGUGUCUUAAAAGAGGGGGAGAAAUGAACAUUUGGAGCUGAAAAAGAGAUACGACAUGGCCUAAAGCAAACGGUGACACCAAAAUCUUGGGGCAUGUGGGAAUGAUUAGGUCGUAAAUGAAAGUUCUUUUUAUUUCUCUUUUUUGGCUUGUGCUGUAAAUGAGGGGGGGAAAGUCCCGCAGUCCAUUGGAGGAAAGUAAACAAAAUCAUCAAUCAUCAUUUUCCUUUGCU